AUGUCUCGUACCUCUAUCAAGGGUCAGGUACUGGCAAACCUCGUGGCCGAGUUCACUGAACCCCCAUUAGAAGAAACAUCAACGACACAGAACAUGGAUGGAAAAUCGGUUGGCACAAUCUCCCUGCAAGAACCUUUAUUCUGGAAGGUAUACGUUGAUGGUGCGGCAAAUCAAAGUGGCUCUGGAGUGGGGCUAGUUCUAAUCUCACCCAAGAAGCUCACCAUUGAAAAGUCACUAAGAUUGUGCUUCUUGGCCACGAAUAAUGAAGCUGAAUACGAAGCCUUGCUGGAGGGAAUGUCCAUGAUUCAAAGAAUGGGAGGAAAGGCAGUAAAGAUGUUCUCGGACUUGAGGCUGGUCGUUGGCCAAGUGAAGGGCAAACUAGAAGCAAGAGACGAGAGAAUGCAAGGGUAUUUAAGUCAGGUUAGGCAUUUGCAAUCAGGAUUUGAAUCCUUCACCCUAUUGCACGUCCCUAGGAGUGGAAAUACACAUGCCGAUUCCCUGGCCACGCUUACAACCUCCUCGACGUAG